AUGGUUAAAGCAGUCGCCGUUCUUCGUGGAGACGCCAACGUUGCGGGAGUUGUCACCUUCACCCAAGAGUCCGAGUCCUCCCCAACCACCAUUGAGUAUGAGAUCUCUGGAAAUGAUGCCAAUGCUCAACGUGGCUUCCAUAUCCAUACCUUCGGUGAUAAUACCAAUGGUUGCACCUCUGCCGGUCCUCACUUCAACCCCUUCGGAAAGACCCACGGUGCUCCAUCGGAUGAGAACCGCCAUGUCGGUGACCUUGGAAACAUCACCACUGAUGGCUCCGGUGUCGCAAAGGGUACUAUCACCGACAGCCAAGUCUCUCUGAUUGGACCUAAUAGCAUCCUCGGACGAACUGUUGUUGUUCACGCUGGUACUGAUGAUCUCGGAAAGGGUGGUCACGCUGAUUCUUUGACUACCGGAAAUGCUGGUGGUCGUCCAGCUUGUGGUGUCAUUGGUAUCUCCCAGUAA